GCCGUAGAAGACGCGAGAACUAGCCUGAAGUCACCUGACCCUCCAGUCUGAAGUCACCUGACCCUCCAGCCUGAAGUCACCUGACCCUCCAGCGACGUCGACGGAGAGGUUGCUCGCGCCGCAGCGUCUCCCCCGCCGAUUCUCCCCGGGCGCGGCCUUCUGUCGCCGGGCGUGUGAUGCCAAACGCAGCCAUGAAGAAGAAGGUUCUCCUGAUGGGCAAGAGCGGCUCUGGCAAAACCAGCAUGAGGUCCAUCAUUUUCGCCAACUACAUCGCCCGCGACACCCGCCGACUGGGCGCCACAAUCGACGUGGAGCACUCGCACGUCCGCUUCCUGGGUAAUCUGGUCCUCAACCUCUGGGACUGCGGCGGCCAGGACACCUUCAUGGAGAACUACUUCACCAGCCAGAGGGACAACAUCUUCCGCAACGUCGAGGUCCUGAUUUACGUCUUCGAUGUCGAGAGUCGGGAGCUUGAGAAGGACAUGCACUACUACCAGUCGUGCCUGGAGGCCAUCUUGCAGAACUCGCCCGAUGCCAAAGUCUUCUGCCUGGUUCACAAGAUGGACUUGGUCCAGGAGGAUCAGCGCGAUGUGAUUUUCAGGGAGAGGGAGGAGGAUUUGAAGCGGCUCUCGCGCCCGUUGGAGUGCGCCUGCUUCCGGACCUCCAUCUGGGAUGAAACUCUCUACAAGGCGUGGUCCAGCAUAGUCUACCAGCUGAUCCCCAACGUUCAGCAACUGGAGACUAACCUGAGGAAUUUUGCGCAGAUCAUUGAAGCUGACGAGGUCCUUCUUUUCGAGCGGGCGACUUUCCUGGUGAUUUCCCACUAUCAGUGCAAAGAGCAGCGCGACAUCCACCGAUUUGAGAAAAUCAGCAAUAUCAUCAAGCAAUUCAAACUGAGCUGCAGCAAACUGGCUGCCUCCUUCCAGAGCAUGGAGGUGCGCAAUUCGAAUUUCGCCGCCUUCAUUGACAUCUUCACCUCCAACACCUACGUGAUGGUCGUCAUGUCCGACCCUUCCAUACCUUCCGCUGCCACCCUGAUCAACAUCCGCAACGCUCGCAAGCACUUUGAGAAGCUGGAGAGGGUGGAUGGGCCCAAGCACAGCCUCCUCAUGCGCUGAGCGCGCUGGGGCGGCUGCUCCUGCCCAGGGAAGCUCAGCCAACACGGGAAAAGGGCGCAACCUCCAGGCCUAUAACUCUGGAAAUGGCAAUUAAAUUUGGAAUGUUAUGAGAUAAUAAAUGCACGUCCUGUACGUCAAUAAAAGAAGACGACGACGUGACAACUCUGAACGACUUACAGUAACUGCAUCCUUCUUAUGGCACAGUACAGUAACUCCCUUUGGAUGCUAAUCUUGCAUUGUGACAUAAUAUGGUGCAUAAUAGAAAGUAAGCCACUGUACUAGGGGAGGUCAGAGUCAAAAAGCUGGGACACUGGGAAUGAAUAAAUAAUAUGAAAUGGCAA